GUUAGAUGCUCAUACGUGAUCGCAGGCUCCACCAUUGUUUUAAAGGAAGAUCUAGAUAUAUUUAAGUUAGGUCAGAAGUCUAUUGCUGGAGUAUCACACGCCAUAUCCGUUAGCACAGAACAACUGUCCGAUGAAUUCUACGGAAAUCCAGUAGCUCAAGAAAUCAUUCAUUCAACAGAGAAGUACGACGCAGUCCUAAUGGAGUCAUUUUUUGUCCAAGAACCUGUCUCAGCACUGGUUCACAAAUUCGGUUGCGUGGGCAUUGAAAUAUCCACAUUGGGAGACUCGGCCUGGAUCAACGAAUUUGCAGGCAUUCCACAUAAUCCUGCUUAUCAAGUUGAUUUUAAGUCGGAACUGAGUCAUGAAAUGACCUUCCUGCAGAGGAUUUACAACGUAUACGUGAUCGCUUCCACCCUCUUUGUCAGCUACUACCACAUGUACCCGAUGCAGAGCAUAAUGGACAAGUACUUCAACUACACAGGUUGGGAGACGAGGCCUUCCUUGCAUAACUUAAUGGCCAACAGGAGUCUCAUAUUGGUGAACUCCGAUCCAGUCCUCAGCUACCCAUAUCCGACUGCACCUCAUGUAAAAGAGAUUGCUGGUCUGAAUAUAAAACCAAAUCAGCCUUUGCCCAAGGAUUUGAAGAAGUUUAUGGACGAGGCAAAGCACGGAGUGAUAUACUUUUCUUUCGGAUCGAAUCUCAAAACUUCUGAGAUGCUAAGAGGUGCUGUAGGCAGAGCUUUCAUGGCGGUCUUGGAAAGGAUGCCACAGCGAGUCCUUAUGAAGUGGGAAACAGACAACCGAGAACUAAAAAUUCCUUCUAACGUAAUGACGGCAAAAUGGUUUCCUCAGACGGAUGUCCUAGCGCACAAAAAUUGUAUGUUAUUUAUAACACAUGGAGGUCUUCUCAGUCUGACAGAAACGGUUUACUUUGGCGUACCCAUCAUCGGUAUACCUUUUUUUACCGACCAGUUUAAAAACAUGCUGCAAGCUCAAACUAUGGGAUACGGGUUGAUAAUGAAGUAUAAUAACAUCACGGAAGAGUCAGUGUCAUGGGCACUAAAUGAAAUCACCAAUAAUCCAAGUUACAGAAAUGUCGUAAAGAUGAAGUCGCAGAUGUUCCGAGACAGAAGACACACUGCACAAGAAGAAGCAAUCUAUUGGGUCGAAUUUGCGAUAAAGUACCCCAACGCAUUGCUUCCAAAAUCGGCGUUCAUGUCAUUUUGGGAGAAGAGAAUCUUCGAAGUAGGAACGUUCUCGAUAUUAAGCCUCAUUCUUCUUUAUAUCAUACUAAAGUUCCUGAUAUCCAUCAUGAGAAAAUCUAAUAAUACGUGCGUGAAGAAAGUAAAACGAUCGUAA